GUAAAUCUCAAGAGACAUCGUAACAGAAUCUGGUGUUCGGGCAAGAAUAUUUCGGACGUUUUUAUCGGGAUGUCCUGCUUGUCGAAGUUCACUGAGUCGGGCGCCAUCUUCAAGACAACAUCCACUUGAGAGCUUCAGAGAUCCUCCUGCCUUCUGAAACAUGUGAGAGUGGGGAGAAGGGGACAAGACAGCACACUGAACAGGAUGGAUGUCCCUCAAGAGGUUGAGGAUGCUGUUGGUGGAAAUCAGACAGGCAGAGCAGCAUGUGCCGUGUCCAGCCACGUGUCCCUGAAGAAUGAGGAGCCCAUCACUGAUGGACAUCUGGGGGUCAGCAAAAGAAGAGUGCUGUCUCAUCCAAGACCACAGACACACAGACCAGUGUCUCCAGUGCCCAGCUGUGUGUCCAUGAAGAGUGACCGGUCCAUGGGACAUCCAAACAAUUUCAGCAGUGGACCGCCAAAGUCCGAUCCAAAACCACAGACACACAGACCAGUGUCUCCAGUGCCCAGCUGUGUGUCCAUGAAGAGUGACCGGUCCAUGGGACAUCCAAACAAUUUCAGCAGUGGACCACCACAGCAUUAUCCAAAACCACAGACACACGGACGAGAUGAGCACACAGUCAUGGGAGGCAGCACCCAUCUGCCAACUGAGCAUGCUCCAGUCAAAAGGGCCAAACUAACAGAUGACAAGGUCCUGACCAAAGUACUGAUGACCCAUAAAGCCAGCAUGAAGAGGAGGUUUGAGAGCAUAUGUGAAGGCAUCAUAAGGUCAGGGACUCAAACACUCCUGAACAAGAUCUACACAGAGCUCUACAUCACAGAGGGAGAGAGUGAAGGGGUGAAUAAUGAGCAUGAGGUUUGGCAGGUAGAGUCAGCAUCCAGGCCACAAACUACAGAAGACACAGCAAUUAGCUGUAAUGAUAUCUUCAAGCCUUUACCUGGACAGGAGAGACACAUCAGAGCUGUGAUGACCAAGGGGAUUGCUGGCAUUGGAAAAACGGUCUCAGUGCAGAAGUUCAUCCUUGACUGGGCAGAGGAGAGAGCUAACCAGGAUGUAGAUUUCAUGUUUGUGCUUCCAUUUCGUGAGCUGAAUUUGGUCAAACAUGAUCAGUACAGUCUUCACAGGCUCCUGCUUGACUUCCACCCAGAGCUUAGAGAGCUACAGAAUGGUGAAUACAAAGACUGCCACAUUGUGUUCAUCUUUGAUGGUCUGGAUGAGAGUCGACUUCCACUAAAUUUCCAAAAGAAUGAAAAGUUGUCUGAUGUGACAAAGAAGAUCAGAUCAAAAACAUCAUCAGUGGAUGUCCUGAUGACGAGCCUCAUUCAGGGAACUCUGCUUCCCUCUGCUCUCAUCUGGAUAACCUCCCGACCAGCAGCAGCCAGUCAGAUCCCUUCUCAGUGCAUCAGUCAGGUGACUGAAGUACGAGGGUUCAAUGACCCGCAGAAGGAAGAGUACUUCAGGAAGAGGAUCAGUGAUCACAAUCAAGCCAACAGAAUCAUCUCACACAUUAAGACAACCAGGAGUCUCCACAUCAUGUGCCACAUGCCAGUGUUUUGUUGGAUAUCAGCCACUGUCCUUCAGCAGAUACUGGAACAGGAUGAUGGGAAGGAAGCCCCCAAAACACUAACUGAAAUGUUCAUACAAUUCCUGCUCAUCCAGACCACCAGGAAGAACCAGAAGUAUCAAAAGGUAAGGAAGACCAAUAGACAGAGGCUCCUGGAAUCACACAAGGGUGUCAUAUUGAAAUUGGCAGAGCUGGCUUUCAAGCAUCUGGAGAAUGGCAAUCUCAUGUUCUAUGAGGAGGACUUAAGAGAGUGUGGGAUCGAUGUCAGAGAAGCUUCGGUGUACUCUGGCAUGUGCACUGAGAUCUUCAGGGAGGAAUGUGUGUUUCAUCACAAGAAGGUCUACUGCUUUGUCCAUCUGAGCAUCCAGGAGUUUCUUGCUGCACUUCAUUUGUUUGCCUCCUUCUUGAGUAAGAACAUGGAGGUCCUGGAGCCAUUCCUUAGCAGAAAAUCCAGGCCUUUGCCAGAUGUGCCUCUAGAUGAGCUGCUGAAGAAUGCAGUGAACAAAGCUUUGGAAAGUAAGAAUGGACACCUUGAUUUGUUUGUUCGCUUCCUUCAUGGCAUUUCUCUGGUAUCAAAUCAGAGACUUUUACUUGGCCUCCUGACACACACACACAGCAGCCCGGAGAGUGUGAAGAAAACAAUCAGGAACCUGAAAGUGAGGCAGAAACCAAAUAUCUCCCCUGAGAGGUGCAUCAAUCUGUUCCACUGCCUGGUGGAAAUGCAUGACUCUUCUGUUCAUGAUGAAAUCCAGGCUUUCCUGAAGACAGAGGAAGGUGCCGUGAAACAGCUCUCACUGGCUCACUGCUCAGCCUUGGCUCAUGUGCUUCUGAUGUCUGAUGAGGUGCUAGAUGAGUUUGACCUGAAGAAGUACAACACAACAACCGACGAGGGACGGAGAAGACUAGUGCCAGCUGUGAGAUGCUGCAGGAAGGCCCUACUUGCUGGUUGUAAGCUAGCAGGUGAAUCCUGUAAGGCUGUAGCCUCUGCUUUGCAGUCCUCCAUCUCCCUAAAGGAACUGGACCUGAGUCACAAUGACCUGAAGGAGUCUGGAGUUCAGCUUCUCUCUACAGGACUCAGUAGCCCUCACUGUAAACUGCAGUCUUUAAGACUUGCUGGUUGUAAGCUAACAGAGGAAUCCUGUAAGGCUGUAGCCUCUGCUUUGCAGUCCUCCAUCUCCCUAAAGGAACUGGACCUGAGUCACAAUGACUUGAAGGAGUCUGGAGUUCAGCUUCUCUCUACAGGACUCAGUAGCCCUCACUGUAAACUGCAGACAUUAAGGCUCAAUCUGUGCCACCUCUCUAAAGCAAGCUGUGAAAUGAUGGCAUCCGUGCUGCAAAGUGCACCUUCCCAUCUGAGAGAACUGGACAUGAGUAACAAUGACCUGCAGGAUGAAGGAGUGGCGCUGUUCUGUGCAGGACUAAGAAAUCCACAAUGCAAGCUGGAGACACUGAGACUGUCUGGUUGUCUCAUCACACAUGAGGGCUGUUCUCUCUUGUCCUCUGCCCUCAAAUCAAACCCCUCCUACCUGAAACAGCUGGAUCUGAGCUACAAUCACCCAGGAGACUCAGGUGUCAGAGAGCUCACAGACAGACUGAAUGAUCCCAUCUGUAAACUAGAGACGUUGAGGUAUGACCAUGGAGGAGAGUGCAGGAUUAAACCAGGACUCAGAAAAUAUGCCUGUGAGCUCACACUGGACCCAAACACAGCAUGCAGAGAUCUCUCUCUCUCUGAGGGGAACAGAAAGGUGACAUGUGGGCAGCAGCAGCCGUAUCCUGACCACCCAGAGAGAUUUGACUUCUACCUUCAGGUGCUGUGUAGAGAGGGUCUGUCUGGACACCACCCAGAGAGAUGUGACAGUCUGGGUCAGAGUCCAGUCAGCACGGGUCAGUCUGGACGCUACUACUGGGAGGCUGAGUGGAGUGGUGGGGUUCAUAUAGCAGUGGCCUAUAAGAGCAUGGAGAGGAAAGGGAGUGGGGACAGCAGCUUCUUUGGAGGUAAUGACAAGUCCUGGAGUCUGCAGUGCUCUGGUAACAGUUACUCUGCCCUGCACAAUAAUAAGGAGACUGCCAUACCUGCCCCCUCCUCCCGCUCCAGCAGAGUAGGAGUGUACCUGGACUGGCCAGCAGGCACUCUGUCCUUCUACAGCAUCUCCUCUAACACACUCACCCACCUGCACACGUUCCACUCCACAUUCACUGAGCCCCUCUAUCCUGGGUUUUAUGCUUUUUACUCCUCAGUGUCCCUGUGCCAGAUCACAUGACCUCCUAAUCCUGCAGGAGAAGAGAGUCACACACUCCUGUUUACACACUCAUAUAUCUGCGUGUGUGUAUUCCUUCUCUUGCCUCAUCUGUGUUGCAUCUUCCCUCUCACACCUCCUAAUCCUGCAGGAGAGGAGACUCCUGUUCUCACACUCCUACGUAUCUGUGUGUGUGUGUGUGUGUGUGUGUGUGUGUGUGUGUGUGUGUGUGUUCCUUCUCUUGCCUCCUCUGUGUAGCAUCUUCACUCUCACUGUUCCCCCUGUUCACUGUAUGCUGCUCCCUCUGUUUCUUUUCUGUUUCUUUCUGUGUGCAUCUCUCUGCUCCUUCUGUUUUGUUGUGUGUGUGUGUGUGUGUGUGUGUGUGUGUGUGUGGUUUUGUGAAUGUAUGGUUUUGUGUUCCUUCCCUUCCUUCUGUGUUACCAAUUUCUAAUUAAGUAUCUACAGUAAACAUGUCAGAUAUCUGAUGCUGUUUUGAAUUUCUUACAAUAUGAACUUUGACCCUUGUGUGGUGUUUAUGUUCUGAAGAUUAGAAGAUGAACAUACAGUGAGUGGGCAGGUGUUCUCAGGGCUGGAAUUCUUAAUCCACCGUUAUUUUACAUUUAUAUUCUGAUAUGCUUGAGAAUGAGAGGGAGGAAAGGGGAGUCCUUUUAUUUGAAUAAUAAAUGAAAUAUGUUAUUGGUGAAUUGAUUAAAAUGUCUUUGGUUUUAUGUGACAAAGGGGAACAUAAUGUAGCCCAUAGGAAAUUGAAAUACAAAUAAAUA